AUGGAAACUAAUGACUCUGAGGAUACUUACAGCAGGUUAGUACGUAAUAGUAUUAAUACAUGGCAAUUACCUGUGAAAAUGUUACAGUUAACUGAAAAAAUGCUGUAUACUGUUAGAUGUAGAGUUCUUUCCGCCGGGUUUCGUCCACAUGAAAUACAAAAGCAAAACGUAUGGUUCACAUUCGUAAAGGUCAAGCAAAUAAAAUUGAGUGUCGCGUCGUUUACCUCUUUCUAAAGGUAUGCUGGAGAAUUCUACGAUGGAGACAGACGAACACCGGUAUUUAAAUGGUGUUCUUCGCCAUUAGCUUCAGAAGAGGCCGUCUUCCGCCUUCUACGCCCUUGCGAUGAAAGCUUAGUUGCCACUGCCACUCCCAGGAACGUUGCCCACAACUGCGUAUUCAUGGUCGAUUUAGAUCGCUUGCCUCACCAAGAAGAUGUGAAAUGUGAUAAUCUAGGUUCUUGGCGAAACAAUGGAACCAAGAAUCGCGUGUACGAAAUAAAUGAGGAUGGGUACCCUGAACUGGUUGACGAAGAAGAAGCAAGGGAAGCAACAGGCACAUAUACUCUCAAAAGAGUGUACUAA